AUGAACUCAAAACUACAGAAUAGGAAGUUCGUUGAUAAGAGUUACAAUGAAACAAUUGCUAAACUGAUCGAAAAUAACAGGCGUCGUUAUGUAGCUGAUUCAAUGCAAGUUCAAAAUAAUCUUAUGACUCCAAAUUCAAUUUCUGUAACGUACCCGGUAGCUGUUACAAAUAAGAUUGAUGGUGCAGUUGACGAAAUAAGUAAAGAUGCUGAAGAUUUAGGAGAUUGGCUUUAUAGCCAAUUCUUUAAAGCAAUAGAAAAUCAAGUCAUCAAUAAGACUAGUGAUAAAAGUACUUUUACAAGACGUAGUGGUUCAGUAAACUCUAUUAAAAAAUCUAAAGAUAGAAAAAGAUUUAAAAAACGAAAACAUGGAAAAAAUAAGAAGAAAGGAAAAAAAGAUAAUCUGAGAAAAAAACUUCUGCAAAUUACUGAAAAUGAUAGCGUUUUUGAUUUGUCUUCUAGUUCGAAAUCAGAUUCUAGUGAUUCUGCUAGUAGCUCAAGCGAUUCUUCUGGAGAAUAUAGCAGUCAUAAUAAUGAAGAUGGACAUGGACAUAAAAAAAUUGUUAUGAUUAAAAAGAAACCUAAGCAACUACCCAACUUCAUUUUCUUACCGAAUUUAGAAACGCCAUUUUAUCCUCCUUUAGGUUUACCUCCACCUCCAAUUCCUAUACCAAUGUAUCCAAUGGUACCAGUUCCUCCAAUGAUAUGUAAUACUGAAGAUCUUGAUGAUAGUGGUAAUGAAACAACAGCUGCUCCUACUGAAACAACAACUAUUUCAAUAAGUGCUAAUACACCUUUUACAACAACCUUAAUAAGUGUGGAAACUACAACAUCAGCAAAAACGGCCAAUGACAAUAAAACAGGAACAUUACGUCAUUCAAGUAAGAAGAGAAAAUCGUUAAUAAGACCACAAAUGACUAAUGGUGAAUCUGCUAAUAAUUUACGGUACAGUAAAUUGAGAUCUCCCAUUCGAGAACAAAUCCUUCAGCAUCUUAAACAAAAAAUUCAAAAUCAUUCUGGAAAGUUAUCAUUAAUGGCAUCUCGGCAAAAAAAUAAAAACACACUAACUAAUCCAAUUAUUGAGCAAGACCUUAAUUUUGAAUAUCCAUAUCAUGAAUUCACUCCCGAUUCUGAAACUUUUAACGACAUAAGAUUGAAUGCUAAGGAAGGCUCUGCAGUUUCUGAUAAUGUUGACUUUAAGUAUAUAUCAGAGCUAAUACACAAAGUUGACCAAAAUAAUAAAUCGGAUAAUUUGCCACCUAUCGAAUAUAAUCCUUUAGACAGUACUGAAGACUUCCCACCGUUAAUGCAAGAAAGUAAAUUUUCUGAGUAUAUAAUACCUCCUAAUGCACCUGACAAUAGAAGAUUUACACGGCCUAAUAUUCAUAAAACAGAUGAAUUGUACUACAUGAAUCUUGGAAGGCAAAUUGCAUCUAUGAUUCGAGGCAUUGAUACACAAAACAAGAAAGUAAAUAUGAAAUUAGAAACAGCUCAAAAUAUACCCAAACAUGAUGUAUAUUUUAAUGUUAACUCGCCGAAGUCAUACUGGGAGAGAUCUGUACGAUCUCCUCUAACAUUUUUGAAACCAAAUAAAAAAAAAUUUGAGUAUCUAAAAAGAAGUAAUGAAUUGCUUUUUGAUAUCGAAAACAAAGUAGAAAUAAUAGCUUCCACAAGUCCGACACUUACUUUGCAGGAAAUUGAAAACAUGAUAAAUGUUAUGGAAACGGAUAAAAAAGACAUACAAAAAAACGCUAUACUAAAAAAUUUAAUACCACCAGGAAAAACCCUAAAUAUUAAUUUAUUGGCUCGGGAGCUACCUAAAACAAGAAGCAUCAAAAUUCAAGGCAAACUUUAUGGCAAUAUGAAAUGA